AUGGGUAGCACAAAUAGCAUGGCUACUUCGGGGAAGGUCUUUGCACCUCCAAUCUGGAGACCAAAUGAGGCUAAGUCACAGGAACAGAAUGUUGCAAGCUUUUGGCUGUAUGUUACUAAUAUGACAAAGCAGAUGAACAGUCAUCUGGAAUUUUUACAACAAGAAAUUUCAAAUGGGGAGAGUAAAAGAGAAAAAAAAGAAUCAAGCAACAAAAGAAAACAAGGAAUUGAGAGGGAUGGAUGUGGAGAAUGGCCUGUUAUCAUUGUUAAGUUAGACAUUGAUGAAGCCAAAACAAAAAGUAAGAAAGGUGGUGAGACAAAAGAUGGUGGAGAGGAAUGUAAGGAAAAAUAUGAGACCAAGGAAGAUGCUGAGAAGGAAGUAGGGGAGCUAGAAGAGGAAGGUGAAGAAUCUGAAGAAGAAGAUGAAUCUGAAGAAGAUGACGAGACUGAUGAAGAUGGUGAAAGUGAUAUGAAUUCUGAUUCUGAGACUGAGAGCGAGGAAAAAGUGGCUGUAGACCUAGAGGAUGUGUCAUUUGAAUUUGAGAGCAAUGACUACAACAAUGAUGAUGAUGGUGAUAGUGGUUCGGCCUCUGAUUUUGGGAACUGUCAGGAUGCAAAGCACAAAACAAGCGAAGACUCUUCUAUGUUUUAUAUGAAAAUUUCUGACUAA